AUGGAAGACGAUGAUACCUUAAAUGGUGAAUACUUUCAACCAGUAGAGGAUAUGAUUACUCUACCAAUUUUAACAGAAGAAUCUUUAUUACUCAAUUUAAAGAUGAGAUAUAAAAAGAAGGAGAUUUACACUUACACUGGUUCAAUUUUGGUAGCAGUCAAUCCGUACGAAAUUCUACCAAUUUAUACAGCAGACAUUGUGAAAAGCUAUUUCGCCAAAUCACGUAAUCUCAUGUUACCUCAUAUUUUCGCUGUUUCCGAUGCAGCAUUUACAAAUAUGAUCGAAGAGGGUAAAAAUCAAUCAAUUAUUAUUUCUGGUGAAUCUGGUGCUGGUAAAACUGAAUCAACAAAACUUAUCAUUCAAUAUCUCGCCGCAAGAACAAAUCGUCAUUCCCAAGUCGAACAAAUGAUUGUUGAAUCUUCUCCAAUCUUGGAAGCUUUUGGUAAUGCAAAAACAAUUAGAAAUAAUAACUCUUCUAGAUUUGGUAAAUUUAUUGAAAUUCAAUUUAAUAGAGAAGGUCAUAUUUCUGGUGCUAGAAUUAUAAAUUACUUAUUAGAAAAAUCUAGAAUUUCACAUCAAGCUAGUUCAGAAAGAAAUUAUCAUAUUUUUUAUCAAUUAUUAGCAGGUGCAUCAGAUGAAUUAAAAGAGAAAUUAAAAUUGGGUGAACCAGAAGAUUAUCACUAUUUAAGUCAAAGUGGUUGUAUUAGAAUUGAAAAUAUUAAUGAUGUUGAAGAUUUUGAACAUGUCAAAUAUGCAAUGAAUGUUUUAGGUCUCCCAGAAGAUAAACAAUUUACAAUCUUUUCAAUUGUUUCAGCAGUUUUACAUAUUGGUAAUUUAAAAUUUGAAAAAUCUGAAAAAACUCAAGGUGCUGAAGGUUCUGAAGUUUCAAAUAAAGAUACAUUAAAAAUUAUUGCACAAUUAUUAAGUGUUGAUCCAGUUAAAUUGGAAACUUGUUUAACAAUUCGUCAUGUUUUAAUUCGUGGUCAAAAUUUCGUAAUUCCAUUAAAAGUUAAUGAAGCAGAAGAUACUAGAGAUUCUUUAGCAAAAGCAUUAUAUGGUAAUGUUUUCAAUUGGCUCGUAGUUUUCAUCAAUUCUAAAAUUCAUAAACCACAAAAAAAUUCAACAUUUAUUGGUGUAUUGGAUAUUUUUGGUUUUGAAAAUUUUAAAAAGAAUAGUUUUGAACAAUUUUGUAUUAAUUUUGCAAAUGAAAAAUUACAACAACAUUUUAAUCAACAUAUUUUUAAAUUAGAACAAGAAGAAUAUGAAAAAGAAAAAAUUAAUUGGAGUAAGAUCGUAUAUAAUGAUAAUCAAGAAUGUUUAGAUUUAAUUGAAAAGAGACCAUUAGGUAUUUUAAGUUUAUUGGAUGAGGAGAGUAGAUUCCCACAAGCAACAGAUUUAACCUAUUUGGAUAAAUUACAUACCAAUCACGAGAAACAUCCAUACUAUGAAAAACCAAGACGUUCAAAGAAUACAUUUGUUGUGAAACAUUAUGCUGGUGAAGUACAUUAUGAUACUCAAGGUUUCUUGGAUAAGAAUAAGGAUACCGUUAGUGAUGAUCUUUCAAGCUUACUUCAAGGAAGUAAGAGUAAAUUCAUCAUUGAAUUAUUUACACCACCAAGAGAAGAGGGUGAUGACAGUGAUAAGGGCAGAGAGAAGAAAAAGACAACAGCAGGUCAAACAUUCAAGACACAAUUACAAUCGUUGAUUAAUAUUUUAUCAUCAACUCAACCACAUUACGUUCGUUGUAUUAAACCAAACACAACCAAAGAACCAGCAGUAUACGAUCGUGAAUUGAUUCAAGCUCAAUUAAGAUAUGCAGGUAUGAUGGAAACCAUUAGAAUUAGAAAAUUGGGUUACCCAAUCCGUCAUACACACAAAGAGUUUAGAGAUCGUUAUUUGAUUUUAGAUUAUCGUGCUCGUUCCACCGAUCAUAAACAAACUUGUGCAGGUUUAAUCAAUUUACUCUCUGGUACAGGUGGUCUCGAAAGGGAUGAAUGGCAAUUGGGUAAUACUAAAGUUUUUAUUAGAGAUCAUCAAUAUUUGAAACUUGAGGAACUUAGAAAAUUAAAACUCCUCAAAAAAGUUACACUCAUUCAAUCAGUUUGGAGAAUGUAUCGUUGUAAGAAACGUUAUCAACAAAUACGUGCCUCUGCAAAGAUCUUGGGUGCCGCCAUGUUAUCCCAUUCUUCAAGAAGAGACUUCCAAGAACAACGUCAAGCCGUUCAAAGAAUUAAAGGUUUCUUUAAGAUGCUUACCUAUCAAAAACAAUUUAAAAUCAUUCAAAUCAACCUUAGAAUCGUUCAAAAUAAUAUUCGUUCAUUCAUUGCUCGUCGUCAUUCAAGAAAUGCAGUUUUACUAAAAAGAGAUAGAAAUGCAAGAAUGUUGGAAAUUCAAAGAGAAAAAGAUGAGGAAGAACGUAAUCGUCAAGAAAAAGAAGAACGUGAUCGUCAAGAAAAAGAAGAUAAAGAGAAAGAAACCGCUGAUAGAAGACAACUCCAAGAAGAACAAAAACGUCGUGAAGAAGAGUUGCGUGCUAAACGUGAAGAAGAAGAAUUGAAGAAAUUGGAAGAAAAGAAAUCACAAUUAAAAGAGUUGAAUCAAAUCGAUGAAUUAUCAUCACUCGAAAGAAUGCUCAAAGAACAACAAGAUAAAAAUAUUAACGAACUCGAUGAUUUUGUUAAUUCUUUAGAGGCUUUCUCAUUCGAAGGUGGUGUAGACGAUUCUCAACCAUACUCUUUCAAUCAUAAAAUGUAUGAAAUGUCCCCAGAAGCACUCGAUAAAAUUUCAAUCACUGAUUUACUUCAAGGUUUAAAACAAACCGUUAGAUCCGUUACUAAAUUUGAAGUUGAUGAAUCUAAAUUUGAAUUACCACCAGGUAUUGAAAAUGUACUUAAAAGAGCACCAGGUAUUAAAAGACAAGCUUCUUCUUUCUUACCAGGUCAACCAAUCCCAGAUGUUUAUUCUUCACCACAAUAUCCAGUUGAUGAAGCUGAUGAUGAUGAUAGUAAUAAUAAUUACAUAAAUAGUAAUAAUGGUGAUUUACCACUUCCAACAUCACAAUCCUCCGAUUUCUCAUUACCACCACCACCAUCAUCAUCUUCAAUGGACUUUGGUUUACCACCACCACCACCAUCAUCAUCAUCAGGUGGUACAUAUUCAUUACCACCAAUGCCAGUAUUUGAUUUCGGUAUGAUUGAUCCAAUUUUAGGUGCACCACCACCACCACCAUCAACAUCAGAUUCAACAUCACCAUCAGCAACAGCAACAGGUAAUAAUACACCAAAUUCAUCAUCGGCAUCAGCAAGUCAAUCAACUAAUCAAGUAAAUCCACAACCAACUGUUUCAGUUGUUGAAUUACCACAAAUUUUAAAUGAUGAAGAGAUUUCAUUAUAUUCAUUCUAUGAUUAUGCAAAUAAGAAUUUCAAUAUUGAAAAAUUAAAACAAAAAGAUGAUAUUUUCAGUUAUCAAAAAUCUCAUAUCAAAUCAUCAUUAUUGGUACACAGUGAUGCAGAACAAACUAAAGUUGCAGUUGAAAUCUUUAGUAAGGUUCUUCAUUAUAUGAAUAGCAAUCCAUUGGUUUCAAAGAAAGAUCCAGCCGAUUUCUAUUCACCAGUUAAAUUCAUCUUAACCAAAGGUUUAGCCAUUGAGAGUUUAAGAGAUGAAAUCUAUUGUCAAUUGAUUAAACAAUCCACUAGUAAUCCAAUUCAAGAUUUAAAUAUUCGUGUUUGGGAAUUAAUUCAUUUCACUUGUUCAACAUUCCCACCAACUAGAAAAUUAAUUAAAUAUUUUGCAGCUUAUCUUAAAACUACCAUUCAACAAAGUGAUGUUUCAAAAUCUGUAAAGGAUUCAGCACAAGCCUCCUAUUUCAUUCUUCAAAGAUUCACAUUAAAUGGUGCACGUAAACAAGUACCAUCUGUAACUGAAUUAGAAUCAAUUAAAGAGAAUCGUCCAAUUUUCGUUCGUAUUACCGCCACCGAUGGUUCAUUGAAGGGUUUACAUAUUGAUAGUGCCACUACUUGUCAAGAGUCUUCAAAUGAUUUAUCACAACGUUCGAGAAUGCGUGUAAAUUCAAAAGAGAAUGGUUUCACUAUCAUUGAAUCAUUCAAUGGCAUUGAAAGAGAUAUCGCACCAACCGAUAAGUUAUGUGAUGUAUUGAGUAAGGUUGAGAAUUUACAAGCAACCCUCUCAAGUAAGAUUCAAGUUAAUUUCAAAUUUGUUUUCAAAAAGAAAUUAUUCUUUGAUAAUAUCACCAAUAAUGUACCAACCACUUCAAUCAAUGUUGAAAAUGAAUUUUAUUAUCAUCAAUUGUUUAAUGAUUUAUUCAAUUCCAAUUAUUGUAAGGAUCAAGAUUAUCAAAUUUCAAUUGGUUCUUUGAAAUUACAAUUUGAGUCUUCUGAUUACACCGAUGAGAUAAGAGCUUGGCUACCAGGUAAUGGUCGUGGUAAAUAUUUCACUACUGAUAUCGAAAAGAAUAGAUUCGAUGAUUUCAUCAAUAAAUAUAAAUCACACAAAGGUUUAUCACCAGAGGAUGCAAAGAAACAAAUGGUUCAAUUGUUAGAGAAACAUCCAUUGGCAAAUUGUUCAUUGGUUGUAUGUGAACAUCAAUCUGAAUCACUCCCAUACCCAAAGAAUUUCGUUUUAGCAUUGAAUGUCAAUGGUAUUAAUAUCUAUGAUCCUGCCACUAGUAAAAUGUUAGAGUCUGUCAAAUACUCAAAUCAAUCUCAACAAAAUUUAAAGAGUGAUGAUAAAUCAGUUUCGAUCAUUUUAGAGAAUAAGAGUACUUUACAAGCAUUCACUGGUGAUGUUCAAAAAUUGGUUUCAUUAAUUAAAGAGUAUUCAUUAUAUUUAAGAAACAAUGCUAAAUAUGCCAGAGCCUUAAAGGAUUACAAUGUUUCAGAUACUUCAUUGCUACCAUUCAAGAGAAAUGAUAUCAUAACUAUCACAUUUAAAGAUCAAGAGAAUAAAUGGUUCAUGGGUCAACUCAAUGGUAAAGAAGGUUCAUUCCCAGUUGAUCAUGUUGAAAUUUUAUUAUCUGAUGUACCACCACCACAACCAGUUCAUCCAGUUGCUACUUUAUCACCCCCAAUGUCACCAACUAUUCCAAACAUUACAAAUACUCCACCACCACCACCAUCAAUUAGUGAUUCAAUGUCACCACCACCACAAGUUGGUAUGUUACCACCACCACCUCCACCAUCAGUUAUGGGUUCGACCAAACCAAUUGAAAUUCCAUCAUUAGGUAUUCCACCACCACCACCAUCAUCAUCAAAUUCAUCAGUACCAAAUUCACCAAUUGGUUCACCAAUGAUGGGUAUUCCACCACCACCACCAACUAUUUCAGUUCAUUCAUUGUCAAACAGUGGUAAUAGUACUCCUCCACCACCACUACCAUCACUUUCAACUCCACCAACACUUUCAACUCCACCACCAAUUUCAUCACCACCAAACUUUAGAUCAUCAUUAAGAGUAUCAAUGCUUAAUACAUCAAAUGAUGGUGGUGAUAAUAGUUCUGAUGAUCCAUCAAAGAGAUUAACAGUUUCGCCAGCCAUUGGUACCGAUAGUCAAUUGGCACAAUGGGCAUCAACUCGUUUCCGUUCAUUCAAGAGAGCAUCAACAUUGAAUCAACAACAAGCAACCUUAAAGAGAAAAGCACCAGUCGAUCCAAAUACAGCAUUCUACUUUAACAAGGAUCCAAUUAAAGAGUCAUUGAUUGAAAUGGAAGCAAAAUUAUCAAAGAAAGCCAUUAAAAACUUUUCAGAGAUUAUGAUGUGGAUGGGUGAUUAUCCAAUUCCAAAGGGUCAAACAGCAUCAUUGGUAAUUCAAUCAAUUAUUUCACGUGGUAUUGAAAAUCAUGAAUUACGUGAUGAAAUCUAUUGUCAAGCCUAUCGUCAAACCAAUAAGAAUCCAAAGGUUGAAUCAGCCAAGAAAGGUUUCGAAUUAAUCUAUUUCCUUAGUAUCACAUUCUCACCAUCAGACUCAUUGUUACAACCAUUCAUGGAACAAUUAAUGUCAAGAAAUAUUGCAAUUCAAUCAAGUUCACCACAAUUGGCUUCAUUGAUUGCAGUUUGUAUUGAGAAAUUAGAAUCUCAUCCAAUUCCAUCCUAUCAACAACGUAAGAUGGGUCCAUCAGCCACUGAAAUUCAAUCAUUCCGUUCAAAUCUUGAGAAUGGUGAUAUUAGCACAUGUAAAAUUCGUUUCAUUGAUCAAUCUACUAAACUCGCUAAAAUCAACACCUAUACAACCAUCAGAGAGAUCACCGAUACCGUUUGUCGUCAAUAUGGUAUCUCACAACAAUCGAUUAAAAUGUUUGGCAUUAGUGCAGUCAAUGAAACCGCAGGUAUUAGUAAAGUGGUAUCCGAGACCGAUAUGAUUUACGAUGUUUUGGCUCGUUGGGAACAAAGUGAAGAAAAGGGUGAAUUCUAUUUCCAAGUUCGUCGUAGAUUCUUCUUGGAUGAUGUAAAUAAAAUUUUGGAUCAAGAGCAUCUUUGGACUGAUGAUGAUAUUUGUUUCGAGUUAACCUAUUGUCAAAUUCGUGAUGAAUGGAUGAAAGGUUUAUACACAAAUGUCAAUGAGAAAGAUUCAUCGAUUAUUGCCGCAAUCUUAAUUCAAUUGUUAUAUCCAAAUCAAUCCAAAUUGGUUUUAACCAAAGAGGUUGUUCGUCAAGUUUUACCUGAUCAAAUUUUGAACUCUCAAAAUAUAAAGGUUUGGAUCUCAAUGAUUGAAUCUCAAAUCUUUGAAUUGGUCUCUCAAACCCCAGAAUACUUGAAAUUGAUGUUUAUCAAUUUAAUUGGUUCAAAAUCACCAUUAUUCGGUUGUACAUUAUUUAACAUUCAACAAAAAGAAAAUCCACCAAAAGCUUGGUUGGCCAUCAACAAAAAAGGUGUUUCCAUUUUCGAUCCACACACUAAAGAAUCUAAAAACUUUUGGACUUUCCAAUCAAUCUCAAAUGUCGCUUUCACUGAUGACACUUUUUGUAUUAUGACUGGUAAUUUAAUGAAACCAAUUAAACAAACCUUUACAACUGAUGAACAUUCUUCAAUUGCUUCAGUUUAUCAAUUUUAUUCUUCUCAAUAA